CCACAAUUUUUCCCUCAAAUUUCUAAGAACAAAAAUUUAUAGUCCUCUACCUAUGGACUCUGCUUCAUUCCCUCGUCCUUUGAUUUCCAACGUCAUCACCAAUAGCUUGCAUCGUUCAUGCACUACUCAUCAUAGUGCAAGAUUUGGUCUAUGGAAGAACAACGUGAGAAACUUGGCUUUUUGUGCUGUUGGAUUCUCUAAAGCUGGAAAUGAAGACAUGUUUGAUGAUAGUGAUUUGAAGAGAAAUGAAAAUGGAUCAAUCUCGGGAGCUUUUGAUAGUUACAUAACACAAGAAACUAAUGAUUUCUUUGUGAGCGAAGCCGAAGGUGAUCCAGAUUGUCCUUCUAAGGGAUACUCGUCCAUCGAGCAUGCUCUUAAUGCAUUGCGCGAAGGAAAGUUUGUAGUAGUUGUUGAUGAUGAAAACAAUAAUGUUGAAGGAAAUCUUAUAAAGGCUGCAUCUCUUAUUAGUACCAAGGAUGUGGCUUUUAUGAUUAAGCAUGGAUCAGGAAUAAUUUCUGUUGGCAUGAAAGAAGAAGAUCUUCAAAGAUUGAAUCUUCCUCUUAUGUCACCAGAGACUGAAGAAGAGGAUUCGUCUGCCCCUACUUUUACUAUCACAGUGGAUGCAAAAUAUGGAACUUCCACUGGUGUUUCGGCUGCUGAUAGAGCAAAAACGAUACGUGUUCUAUCAUCUCCGGAGUCUAAAUCAGAGGAUUUGAGAAAACCAGGUCAUGUUUUUCCUCUUAAGUAUAGAAAUGGCGGAGUUCUUAGAAGAGCCGGUCAUACUGAGGCUUCUGUGGAUUUAGUUAUAUUGGCUGGAUUGCCUCCAUUUUCUGUUCUCACCGCUGUUAUUGAUGUUGAAGAUGGAAAUAUGGCAUCUUUGCCUAAUUUGAAAAGCUUAGCAUUGGAAUAUAACUUACCAAUUGUCUCAAUAACUGAUUUGAUAAGGUAUCGGAGAAAGCGAGAGAAACUAGUUGAAAGAACUUACGUAUCUGAUGUUCCAACAAAAUGGGGUCUAUUUCAAGCCUAUUGUUAUAGUUCAAAGUUAGAUGGAACUGAGCAUGUGGCUGUUGUAAAGGGAAACAUAGGAGAUGGUCAAGAUGUUCUAGUACGAGUACAUUCGGAAUGUUUAACUGGAGACAUAUUUGGAUCAGCUCGGUGCGACUGUGGAAACCAACUAGAUUUGGCAAUGGAGUUAAUUGAAGAAGCUGAAAGAGGAGUACUAGUUUAUCUUAGAGGUCAUGAAGGAAGAGGCAUUGGGUUAGGCCACAAACUUCAAGCCUAUAAUUUGCAGGAUCAAGGUCGUGAUACAGUCCAAGCAAAUAUAGAUUUGGGCUUAGCUGUUGAUGCUCGUGAGUAUGGAAUCGGUGCUCAGAUUUUGAGGGAUAUUGGAGUUCGAACUAUGAGGCUAAUGACCAACAAUCCGGCAAAGUUUGUUGGUCUUAAAGGAUAUGGUUUGGCUGUGAUAGGGCGUGUUCCUGUGUUAACACCAAUCACAGAACAAAAUAAGCGGUACUUAGAAACAAAAAGGACCAAAAUGGGUCAUAUUUAUGGGUCUGAUAUAUAAGGAUCAUUACAGAAACUCAAUGAUUCAAUUGUAAAUAAUCGAAAUUCACAUGUCUUUGGAACUGCGUUUGGAAGCCAUUUCUCGAGUCCAAACGACAUUUUCACCCUGAAAACACAUAAGCUACCAUACUAAAAUUCUACAGAGUCGCAGUUUCAAACACAUGCACUGUCGCACAUAAAUACGAAAGAAUAAUAAGUUUUCAUACUGUUAAAAAUAUAUUCAAAGGAUGAAAUUUAUUUGUGGAAAUUGUAUUCAGUUUACUAAAUGUAUUGCUACUUAAUGGAUAACAGUACCAAUUGUUAUAGCUAAUGUUUA